AUGCCUCCGUUCGCCGGCGUCGCUCCGGUCCCGACGGGGUUGCCCCGGAAGAAGUCCGGCGAGGCCAACAUCGUCACGCUCAACGUCGGCGGCCGGAUUUUCCAGACCACGCCGCAGACGCUGGCCCUCGCCGGUGGCAAGUCCCUCCUCUCCUCCCUCGCCGCCGCCGGUGGCUGCGAGGGGGCGCCGUUCGUUGACCGCGAUCCCGAGCUCUUCUCCGUCAUGCUCUCGCUGCUCCGCACUGGCAGGCUGCCCUCCAAAGCCGCCGCGUUCGACCUGCAGGAUCUCGUUGGAGAGGCCCGUUUCUACGGCCUCGACCAGGUCCUCCUCUCCGCCAUCUCGGACGCCGCCGGCUUCGACCCCUUCGAUCUCCACAGCGCCGCCGUGCUCCCCCUCAACGGCCGCGACUGCCCCUCCGCCAUCGCCACCACGCCCUUCGGCUCCGUCCAUGUGGCGCACGGCUGCAAGAUCACGUCUUUUGACUGGUCGCUCCGCCGCAAGUCGACGGUCCUCACCGGCUUCCCCGCCGUCGACUCUCUCCUGGCUCUUUCGCCGUCGGCGGCGGCCGCGGGCGCCACAGACUUCCCGGGCCUCCAGAUCCUCGACCUACAGAAUGGCUCCGUGAAGAAGACGCUCCACUGGUCGAGCAAUCCCUCCGCCGCCUCCGCUUCCCUCAAUUCCACGGUCCAGGGCCUCGGGGCCUCGCCGGAGCACCUGUUCGGGAGCUUCGAGACCUGCCGACGCAACGCGAGUUCCAUCGUGGCCUUCGAUCUCGCCGGCGGAACCCUCCGCCCCGUGGCGGAGAUCGGGCGGCGGGAGAUCUACGGCGCUGAGCUCGAUUCGGCGAUACCGGCGACGAAUCUCAGGUGGGUCUCCGGGAGGAGUCUCCUCAUGGCGGCGGGAUCCCAUAGCGGGCCCUCGGGCCAUCAGGGGGUCAUCCGGCUCUGGGACGUAAGGUCUCCUUCCGCCGCCGUCUGGGAGCUGAGGGAAGCCGCCGACUGCUUCGCCGAUGUCACCGUCGUCGACAACCUCUCCGCCAUCUUCAAGGUCGGCGUCAACUCUGGCGAGGUCUACAUGGCGGAUCUGAGGAAAUUAGACGCGGAGAACUCCCCGUGGCUGUGCCUCGGUGACCCGAGGAGAGCCGGAGUGAAUGCCGCCGCCGGCAAGAAGGAGGGGGGAGGCUGCAAGAUCGGGAGCUACGAGAACCAGGUCUUCUGCACCAAGGGCGGCGACGUGGAGAUGUGGAGCGAGGUGAUGAUGGGCUCCGGCGGUGGGUGGAGGAACGGGGAUGGCAUGGAGAGGGUGAUGAGGAGGAACCUGCUGGGGCGGGCCAAGGAUGCCGCAAACGGCAAGAUCACUCAGAUCGGCUUCGGCGGCACGAGGAUGGUUCUCGCGAGGAAAGAUCAGCACUGCGUCGAGGUCUGGGAGAGCUCGUCCCGAGGUUGA